UAAGCUAAGUAUUAUGAAACAUUGAUCAUAUUUCUUCAUCUCUGCCCUCAAGCUUCUCCAUCAUGGCUAUCAAUCAAAGAAGCCAAAUCGUUCUCAGUUUUUUAUGUUAUUUCCUGUUGAUUGGUCCCUCUCAUUCGUUUACAGACACGUUACUACAAGGCCAACAGCUUAAGGACCAAGAUCACUUGAUUUCAGCAGAUGGGAGUUUCAAGUUAGGAUUCUUCAGCCCUGGCACUUCAAGAAGCCGAUAUUUGGGAAUAUGGUACAACGUUGUAGAUGAGAAUAAAAUUUUCAUUGCCAAGAAGAAGGAGGUGUGGGUUGCCAACAGAGAUAAUCCAAUCUCUGAUGCAUCUGGAAUCCUGACAAUAGAUAAAUCUGGCAAGUUGACAGUAUUGCAUGGAGACAAUUCCACCAUUCCAUUAAGUUCUGUUGAAGCAGCAAGCAAUGUGAGUGCAGAACUGUUGAAUUCUGGGAAUUUUGUAUUGAAAGAGAUGAAUUUAGAUGGUUCAACAAAGCAGAUUCUAUGGCAAAGCUUUGAUUACCCAACAGACACACUAUUGCCUGGAAUGAAACUUGGAUUUGAUAAUAAAAAAAUGCAUAUUUGGUCACUUACUUCUUGGAUAAACGACAACAACCCAGCUCAAGGUUCUUUUUCACUUACCCUUGGCAUGGCUUUCAACACCAGCCAACUCGUCAUAUGGUGGAAAGGAAGCAUAUAUUGGACUAGUGGAAUGUGGCAAAGUGGGCGUUUUGAACUAGCAUCUCAGUUAUCAAAUGAAUGUCAUCCAGACUUUAGCUUCAUCUCUAAUGAUGGCCUGAAUUACUUCACAUAUUCCUUGAGUCAAAGUGAAAAUCAUAGUUUAUCAAGAUAUAUGAUAGAUUCAAGUGGUUCACUGCUAGAAAUAGGGGGGAUGGCACCAUUUGGUGCUUGCUCCUACAAAUCUGAUCCUGGUUGUGUAGCUCAAAAGAUGCCUGAUUGCAGGAGCCAGAACGUUUGGUUUGAGGCCAAGAAAGGAUUCAUGUCUGCUGAAGGACAGAAGUUCAUGGAAAGUUCCAACUUGAGCUCUUUUGAUUGUCAAGCAAAGUGCCUGAACAAUUGUUCUUGUGCAGCAUAUGCUUAUAGCAGUGCAAACCAAACUGUUUGUGAGAUAUGGAGUCAAGGGAUUACGUUCACAGAGAAAUAUGACGAAACCAGAGUCAUAUAUGUCCUCAGAGGAAAGAAAGCGAAGAGGUGGAUAUGGGCUGCCAUAACAUUUCCAGUUCUUAUGGCUACACUCGUGGCUUGUUCAGUGUAUUACUUCAUACAAAGAAGAAACAGAAUGGCAGCAGAGAAUGAUGCAGAACAGGAGAUUUUACUAUGUGUAUUAGAAACUGAGGCAACAGAUUCAAGUCCAACUGGGAAGUUAAAUGACGUUAAAAGAGACAGGAAGAAGAGCCAUGAGCUGAAUUUUUUCAGCUUUGAAAGCAUAGUAUCUGCUACAAAUAAUUUUGCAGCUGCAAAUAAGCUUGGUGAAGGUGGAUUUGGACCAGUUUUCAAGGGAAAACUAAAUGAUAGCCAGCAGCAGCAAGUUGCAGUAAAAAGACUUUCAAGAAAUUCUGGGCAAGGACUAGCAGAAUUUAAGAAUGAACUUUUGCUAAUUGCAAAGCUGCAGCAUACUAAUCUUGUCAGGCUUAUUGGCUGCUGCAUUCAGAGAGAAGAGAAGAUACUAAUCUAUGAAUUCAUGCCAAACAAAAGCUUGGAUUCUUUUCUAUUUGAUCCUGAGAAAAAGCACUUAUUGGACUGGAAAAAACGCCUCCAUAUCAUAGAAGGCAUUGCUCAAGGACUUCUUUACUUGCAUAAAUAUUCAAGAUUGAGAAUAAUUCAUAGAGAUUUGAAAGCAAGUAACAUUUUGCUUGAUGCUGAAAUGAAUCCCAAGAUAUCAGAUUUCGGCAUGGCUAGAAUAUUUGGGAAGAAUGAAUCAGAAGCAAAAACUAUCAGAAUCAUUGGUACACAUGGCUAUAUGGCUCCAGAGUAUGCUUUGAAAGGCGUUGUUUCAAUUAAAAUAGAUGUAUUCAGCUUUGGGGUUCUACUACUUGAGAUAGUGAGCAGCAAGAAGAGUUACAAAGACUAUAGUUCUGAAUAUCCACUCAACCUUAUAGGACUUGCAUGGGAGCUGUGGAGUGAAGCUAGAGGCUUAGAGUUUAUGGAUCCAACUCUGGAAGAAUCAUUUUCGCCUAAUGAAGUUCUGAGAUCCAUUCAUAUUGGCCUCUUGUGCGUACAAGAUCAGGCAACAGAUAGACCCACUAUGUCAGACAUUGUUUCUAUGCUAACAAAUGAAACUUUGGAUCUGCCUGCACCAAAACAACCGGCAUUUUUUCUUGAUAGAUCUGCAGAUGAGCGGGAGGUUCACAGAAACAGUUCAGAAAAUUCUUUAAACAGUGCAUCAAUUACAGUGGUGGAAGCUAGAUAAAGUUCUCUGCUUAGAUGUAAAUAUUUAUAAUGGUUGAUUGAAUACUGGGAUUCUGUUUUCAAGUUUCCCAUUUUAUGUAGAUUCAUGCAUGAGUACAGAUAUUUCAGAUCCUAUGAAAUGUUCAAAAUAAGGCCACAAGUCAGGUCUAGUGCUCGAUCUCCAUUCCCAAAUUUACAUGUUUUUAUUACAAAGCAUACUAAGUAAAAGCCCAAAACAAAGAAUUCCCAUUAUUUAGAUCUAAAGGAUCAACAACAAAAUGGGACAAAGGAUCUUAU